AUGGCAGCGCAAGGGUCGCUGCUGGUGGCUCUGCCCGACGAGCUGGUGCACGUCAUUGCGUACGGGACGCGCGUCCUGGACGCCCGCGACAUCGUGGCUCUUGCUGCGUCAUGUCGUGCUAUGCGCCGCGUCCUUUUGGGCGAUCCGCUGUCGGCUGCCGCCGCGCAUGCCACGGCUGGCCUUGUGGCGUGUGUGCGGCAUCGGCUGUGGGCUGGCGCCCGGCGCGCUCUUGCUACCCGCGCCCUGCACGCGCCGCCGGUUGUGCCUGACCUGGUUCUCGCCGUCCUCGACAACGGCGAGCCGGAGUCGCCAGCGUGGGCGGCGCUUGUAUGCGCACUGGCGGCGGCGGGCGCAUCAGCCGGGCCGUGUCGCGUCCGCCCGCAACUGGAGCGACUGACGCUGCUUGGCACGAUGCCGAUGGCAGCGCUCGUGCUGUCCUACGGCGUGCUCGCACUUGGGCGUCAGCUUGCGGCGUCGAGCGGCCAGGCUGUCCGCAACGCUUGCCUGGUUGUGGCGUGCGCGCGCGGCGACGCCGAGCUUGUUGCCGAGCUGCGGAGCGGAGCCGAUGGAGGGCCGCCAGCAAGUGUGUCGGCGUAUGAGCAGGGUGCACUGCGCGCGGCGUCGAUGUGUGGCCACACCCACAUUGUGGCGACGCUUCUCGCAGACGCUGACGUUGAUCCAACAGAAAAGGGUAGCAUGGCUAUGCGGCUAGCGGCCUUGGGGGGCCACGGCACAGUGGUGGCACUUCUGGUCCAGGACGGCCGUGCCGAUCCAGGCGUCCACAACAACUAUCCAGUGACUGUGGCAAGCGGGAAGGGAUGCAGCGAGGCCGUCGCGGCGCUGAUUGCCGACCCGCGGGUUGAUCCGAGUGUCCGCUCCAACCGGGCGCUCCGCUCUGCUGCGCGCUAUGGACAUGCGAGUGUGGUGGCGCUCCUGCUCCAGCAUCCCAGUGUCGAUCCCAGCGCGUACAAUUGCGACGCUUAUCGAGCUGCAGUUGAGGCGGGACACGACGACGUGGCUCAUCUUCUGCAGCAAGCGGGCGCAAGUGCGACCGGAGCAGUGCUGUGCGGUGCGGCGGGCGCGGUGCGGCGAGUGUCGCUGGCGACGCGCGAGGCGACCGGGGCGGCGGCGGGCAAGGCCGAGGGCGGUCGGGCGCGGCGGACGUCGCCGGCAGGUACAGCGUUUGCGGACCUGGACUUUAACCACUUGCCUGUGGGUGGGCCUGCGGAGCACGCGGCGGCGGCGGUGGCGGCGUCCGAAGCGUCGUUCACGGUGCGGUCGGCUGGCCUUGGCUCGCUACUUCAAGUCUCGGUGGCGGCUGGCGGGCAUGUGCUUGCAGCGCCGGGCUCGGUGGUGGCCCACUCGCCCGAGGCCUCGGCUGCGCUGCGGAUGACGACGACGGAGCAGGGGGUGGGUGCAGCUGUGUCGCGGGUGCUGGCUGGCGCGCCGCUGGUGGUCUCGGGCAUUGCUGCCGCGCCCGACGCACCGGCGGACGCGCUUGUGGCGCCGGCCGCGCUCUCAGACAUUGCGCUCUUGGAGCUCGAUGGCUUUGCACGGUACUGCAUGGCGCCUGGAGCGUUCCUGGCGUCGACCGAGGGCGUGCGGCUGGGCCCGUGGACCGGGCUUGCUCGCGCCGGACGUGUCCGUCUCGCCCACGCCUCGGGCCGUGGCCUGGUUGCUGUCGCUGGCCAGGGUGGGCUCGUUUCGCUGAAGCUCGCGCCGGGCGAGUCGUACGUGGUGCGUGCGUCGCGGCUGGUGGCUUGGGACGACCGCAUUGCGCUGCGGCGCCAGGUCACGCCCGACGACGACGAGACUGCGGCGGCGCUAGGCGGUGGCGACGACGACGCGCCGCCGUCGUGGCAGGCCAAGGCCAUGGCCAUGGUCCGCCGCACCAUCUCAGGCGUCCGUGACAUCGGCUGGGUCCGUGUUCAGGGCGAGGGUGAGGUCGUGCUCUCGUCGCGCGCCGAGCCGCGCUUUGGGUGGGCCUUCUCACGCAGCCCGCAAGCCGCGGCCAUGCCUCUGCCGGCGAGCGAGAGCAGCACAGCGAGCAGCGCAGCUGCGCCGGUGGCGUCAGCCACAGCGAGUGGCGAUGGUGCUGCCGAGGCUGCCGAGGAGAAGCCGAAGACCCGGUUCGGUGGGGUGCUCGGCAAGAAGGCGGAUGCGGCUGCCGGCGGGCCGCCGUCCGAGUAA